AUGUAUUAUUAAAAAUAUAAGAUAUGUAAUUUUAAAAGGAACUUUGUAUUGAAAGAGGAAAUUUUGUAGUUAAGAUUUUAAAACAUUGAAUACAUCUAAUUAAGUUUAACUUUCUUUCUUUUGUAACACGAUUAGUUCCAAUUAUAGAUUCAAUAAUGUAUUAUUAAUUAACAAAGGAGAAAAAAAAUGAAAAUAAUCAUUUCAAUUGACUAAAUUUAGUAUAUUCAUCUUUUGUAUUUCCUUUCUUAAUAUGUAGAGAAAUAAUCACAUUUUUGUCUCCCGUGUACUUUAUGUCCACCUAUUUAUACUGGCAUCAACUGAUCAAAACAAAACAAUCAUUGGCUUACAUAUACAAUACAAGGUCUCUGCUAAGCUCAUCACCAUUUUAAGAAACAAACACAACAACAACAUGAAGUUCUCUGAGAUAACAAUGAAGAUUGCUCUAUUGCUUCUUUGUUUAAUAGCCGUCCAAACAAUGGCCGAACAGUUCGAAGACAAAACUGGUGAAAUCCCACCAAUCCCAUCGGAUCCUACACUAGAUCCUCCUCCUCCAAGCCCAUCCUCUAACAGCGAGAACACCAUGUUUAUGCCUGAAAACAGUUUCUUCGAUGACAUCACUAUGCUAUUUUCCCCUGAACCAGAAACCUAAGCUGGAAAGUUCAGAAAAUAUUAUUAUCAGU